UCUUGUUCAGAUUCAGAGAAAGCUUAGCUAGCAAAUAUGUUAUUCUUUUAAAGCUCCUCCUUGUCCAAGCAAAGCAAAGCAAAGCAAAGCGAGCAAGCAAUCCGAAACACAAACACAUUCUCUCUCUUUUGUAAAGAUAAAAGAUGGAAGCCGAAGAAGCGAAUCCAAGCAACACCAACAACGAAGACCUGAUCACCUCAUUCUGCGAAAUCACCUCUUCCACCAGAGAAGAAGCUCUCUUCUUCUUAGAGAGCCACAACUUCCACCUCGACUCCGCCGUCUCCACUUUUCUCGACAACGACAACGACAACGCCAACGCCAACGCCAACGAAAACAUCGACGUCAACCCCGCCGCCGCCGUUGCUCACCCAAUCAUUCCUUCCGACUCUCCUUCUCCGUCGCCGUCGCCUUCAAAGUCACCCGACUACUCUCCCUCUCGGUCGCGAUCCCGCUCGCCGUCUCCUACUCCGUCUCGGCCUCCCUACCAGCUCCGCUCCACCAGGCGUGGCCCGACCCCAAACAAUAAUGACCGCACACGUGGCAACGUCCGUACUCUCGCCGAUCUCAACCGUCCGGCUCGGGAAGACCACGGUAGCGACUCCGAUGAGCCUCAGGAGUACUACACCGGUGGCGAGAAGAGUGGAAUGCUUGUCCAGGAUCCAACCAAAGGUAAUGAAGUGGAUGCAAUUUUCAAUCAUGCCAGACAGGUUGCUGUAGACCCUGAUCACCUUCAACCAUCUUCAAGCUCAAAAAGCUUUACUGGAACAGCAAGAUUACUCUCAGGCGAGACACUGCCAUCUGAACCUCAGCACCCUGAAGUUGUCAUUCAUACCAUCACUUUUUGGAGCAAUGGUUUCUCUGUGAAUGAUGGACCUUUGCGGAGGUUUGAUGAUCCUGAAAAUGCUUCAUUCUUGGAGAGCAUCAAGAAUUCUGAUUGUCCUAAGGAGCUUGAACCAGCAGAUAGGAGAACUAGUGUCCAUGUUGAACUCCUGAGGCGGGAUGAAACCUACCCUGAGCCAGUGAAGAGCCACGUAGCUUUUCAUGGAGUGGGAAGAACUUUAGGUAGCGGCACCUCCACAACAACCCCUGCUGUCUCUGAACCCACAGUUUCUGCCACUCCCCUCAACACUGCUCCAUUGCCAUUAACGGGUUUAGUUGUCGAUGAGUCAUCACCAUCAACUUCAAUUCAGCUAAGAUUGGCUGAUGGUACACGCAUGGUCUCUCGCUUCAACCACCACCAUACAAUCAGAGAAAUCCGUAAUUUUAUUGAUGCAUCAAGACCUGGUGGAGUAACAACUUACCAGCUUCUGACGAUGGGGUUCCCUCCCAAACAACUAACUGAUCUGGACCAGACAAUAGAGCAGGCUGGCAUAGCCAACUCAGUUGUCAUCCAGAAAUUCUAGCUGGUUGCAUUGGUGCUAACCCCCAUUUGUGUUAGCUUGCCUACAUAUAUAUGAUAAAAACUUGACUGAUUUCAUGUUAUACAUAAAAGAGUUUGAUUAAUAAUUCAGUUCAGAAGUGCUUUCAUCGUGGACGUGUUUUUCGAAGCAGAGACCUAUCCAAAUGCAAAAACACAGUUCAAUUUGAGAUAGUAAAUCACAGUUGGAUGUA